UUUCACAUCAAAUUUGCAGCAACUCUUUUUUCCUCUUAUGAGAUGGCCAAUUUCGCCCACUACCGCCUCUGCACUGGCUCGCCAUUGCAGGGCCCUCAUAAGAUCACGCGCUCAAAGCUCAGAUAUCAGCGGCGGCCACAAGCUUCACGCCGCCUCCGUCACCUCCGGCCUCCUCACCCUCCCCCAGCUAUUCGUCGGCAAUGUACUCAUGCAAAUGUAUGCCGCAUGUAAAGAUGCGACGCCUGCACGCAAGGUGUUCGACGAAAUUCCUCUCUCGUUUAAAGACGCCGUGGACUGGACCACGCUCGUGGACUGCUGCAGCCACGACGGCGCGGCGCUGGAUGCGCUCACCUUGUUCGUUUCGAUGCGGAGAGAGGGCAUCCCGAUCGACCACAUCGCUAUGGUUUCGUUGUUCGGGACUUGCACGAAGGUGGGGAACAUUGUGUUCGGGAUUCAAGGGCAUGCUUGUAUGAUGAAGAUGGGUUUGGAUUUCUCCGUUAAAUCGCGGAAUGCUGUGAUGGAUAUGUAUGUGAAAUGCGGGUUAAUGGAUGAUGCGAAGAUGGUGUUCGACGAAAUGCCUGAGAGAAAUGUCGUUUCUUGGACUGUGCUUUUGUGGGGUGUGUUGAAAUGGGAAGGGCUGGAGAGAGGGAUGAAACUGUUUGAUGAAAUGCCAGAGAGGAAUGUGAUUGCUUGGACGAUAAUGAUCGCAAGGCACGUCGAAAAUGGGCUUAUUCGGGAGGCGUUUGAUCUUGUUGCUGAAAUGGUGUUCAGUUGUGGAUUCUGCCUGGAUUCGAGCUCCUCCCUUUGCUCCAUCUUAUCGUCUUGCACGCAAUCGGGGGAUGUCGCGAUGGGUAGAUGGGUGCACGCGUACGCUCUCAAGGCGACAACGGACGCAUCAACAGAUGUCAAAUUCGGCACAGCUGUGCUCGACAUGUAUGCAAAAUGUGGCCGGAUCGACACUGCUGUUCGGGUCUUCAAGUCCAUGGAGACGAAGAAUGUUAUCACAUGGAAUGCCAUGCUCGGUGGAUUGGCGAUGCACGGGAAGGGCGCUAAGGCUCUCGACAUGUUCAAUCAGAUGGUAGAAGAGAUCAAACCAAACGAUGUCACUAUCACAGCUGUUUUAGCCGCUUGCAGCCACUCGGGGCUGGUUGAUGAAGGCCGGAGAUUGUUCGACGUGCUUGAGAACACGUUCGAGCUCAGGCCGUCGAUGGACAACUACGCUUGCGUGGUGGAUCUCCUGGGCCGGGCAGGGUGUUUGCAAGAAGCAGAGGCCGUGAUACGGGCCAUGCCAAUGAGGCCGAACGAGGUCGUGUUAGGGUCCCUGUUAGGCGCCUGCAGUGUGCACAGAGCGCACGACGUGGCAGAGCGCCUUCUCAAAGAUCUGACCCGAAUGCAUCCACACAACACCGAGCAUCACGUCCUGCUAUCAAACAUGUAUGCUUUGUCGGGCAAGAUGGCCAAAGCUCAUUCUUUCCGGAAGGAUCUUAGAAACAGAGGGAUCAGAAAAGUGCCCGGGAUCAGCACAAUGUAUGUCGACGGGAAGAUGCACCAGUUCGCUGCAGGGGAGAGGUCGCAUCCACGGAUCAACGAGGUGUAUUUGAAGCUGGAUGAGGUGAUAGGGAGGUUGAAAAUGGCUGGUUAUGUACCGGAUACGAGCUCCCAAAUCAUAUCCGGGGACGAGGAUGGGAAUGAGGAAGAGAAGGAGCGAGCGUUGGUGUCUCAUAGUGAGAAACUGGCGGUGUGUUUUGGGCUGAUGAGCACCAAAGCUGGGACGCCGCUUUGUAUUUUCAAGAACUUGAGAAUAUGCAGAGAUUGCCAUUCGGCGAUGAAGAUGGUUUCGAAGAUCUAUGGUAGGGAGAUUACUAUUAGAGACCGUAACCGUUUCCACAAGUUCAAGAAUGGUGGUUGCUCUUGCUCUGAUUAUUGGUGAUCAUGAUUACUCUAGAUAUAUGAUGAUGAGGACUCACAUGAAUUUGUUUUUCUAACUCUGGAUUAAUUUGUGAUCUAGUCUAGAUAGAUGAUGAUGAUGAGGGCCAUCAUCAUCUAUAAUAGAUGCUAUGUACAACAAUUUUAUGGAUAAAAGAUUUAACUUACCAUUUUAUGAUA